CACACUACAAUAAGAGAAAUAGGAGAACAGAAAGUGAGUGAGGGAGAUAGAAAGAAAGGAGUAGGAUAGAAAGAAAGAAAUCAACAGAAAGGAAAGGAAACAAAAGAAAAGAGACACUGGAAGAAAGAGAAGGACAUGUGAGAAUGAAAAUAGAGAGGGAAGAAGAGAAAAGGAAAGGAGUAGAAGAAAGAGAAAGGAAGGCAUGAUUGCAAAGAUUAUUUUCGGAGAAUUAGAUUUGGGAUUCAAAGGUGUGGAUUUUAAAAUUAAGCUGCUUACUGUUGGUGGGAAGAGAAUUAAGAUGACAAUUUGGGAUACAGCUGGACAGGAGAGGUUCAGAACAUUAACAAGCUCUUACUAUAGAAGUGCCCAAGGAAUCAUUCUCGUUUAUGAUGUGACUCGGAGAGACACCUUUACCAACUUAUCAGAUGUAUGGGCUAAAGAAGUGGAAUUAUACUCAACUAAUUAGGACUGUGUCCAGGUGCUUGUCGGAAAUAAAGUUGAUAGAGAAUCUGAGAGGGCUGUGAGUAGAGAAGAGGGCAUUGCUCUUGCAAGAUAUGGAUGCAUGUUUCUUGAAUGUAGCGCCAAGACUAGAGAAAAUGUGGAGCUUUGCUUUCAAGAGCUAGCAUUAAAGGUACUUCGAGGGGAUCUUGGGAGUAGAUGAGAUUGGAUGAUUCUCCCCACACCAAAAUACACUCACCCCAAGCUUCAGUGAUUUGCAGUUUUACUAAUUUUUGUUCUGGUGUCUCUACUUAUGUAUAUGUAUCUUGAUUUUGCUAAUCUUGUUAUAGCUUAGUAGCAUCAAUUUUUUAUGUACACUUUUUUUUUUGGUCUGUAUGUACAGUUGAACUAAUUGUUUUUAAUUCAAGGAAUAAAAAAAAUUCCAGAAUGAUAUUUGUGGUAAUUUUU